CGGUUUGUAUUGUAUUUGUAUGUACUAGUAGUCAGUCUAACGCCACGCGUUGUUGCGUGCACACGUUGUGUAUAACGCGAUGUUUCGUGCCGUAUCUGUUAGUUGGAAAAAGUACUGGUGGGGAACAGGUAUACUCCCUGACAGAACAAAUAGAAUAGAAGACAUUUAUCUCCGAGUCUAUAAUGGCACAACAUGUGAAGAAUAUGUCGACAUGCCAUUGGAACAAGCGCAUCGUGUGUUGGACGUCAAAGGCUUUGAUAAAGACAAACGGACGGUCUUAUACGUACACGGAUUCAUCGAAACCGCACAACAAGAGAGCGUACAGGUCAUGGUUAGCGCCCACUUAGAUGCAAGGCCAGACACAAACAUUAUACUCGUAGACUGGUCCAACAUGUCACAUGGAUCUUAUUUGGUCAAUGCAGCAAGAAACACUAAAAAGGUAGGAGCAGCAGUCGCUGAACAGGUCCACAAAUUAAUAGAAGACGGCAUACCGGUGGAGAAGCUACAUUUGAUUGGUCACUCUCUAGGGAGUCAUGUCGCAGGCUAUAUUGCACGAGAGUUGAAAAAUAAAUAUGGAAACACUGUCAAAAGGGUGACUGCUUUAGACCCAGCAUUUCCUGGAUUUUACCCCGACGGUAUUUUAAUGGAACAUAUAGCGGAAAAAGAUGCCGAAUUCGUAGAUGUAAUACACACAGACGCGGGAAUGUAUGGUGCUCCAGUGAGGACAGGAUCUGUGGACUUUUGGCCCAAUGGUGGGAAGAGUAUACAACCGGGCUGCCCGAGAUUUGCACCUGUCCCUCUCUCAGAAGAUAACCUGUGCAGUCAUUGGCGAUCAUGGAGGUUUUACGCAGAGUCAGUUCGAAAUCCCGAAGCCUUUCCUGCCUCACCAGCGGAGUCCUAUCACAAGUUUAGAGAAAACACGUCUCCGGAGACAGGAAUGAUAUAUAUGGGAGCUAACUGUGAUACAAGUGCACGAGGGUCGUUUUACUUAACAACGAAUUCAAAAUCACCUUUUGGCAAGGGCUUGGAUGGUAUUUAUUAUAAGAAAAAUAAGAACAACGAUAAAAAGAAAUGAAUCAUACCGCUUCAUUGUUUUCUUCUGUGAUGGUUCGAUUAUUAAUCUCAUAAGUAAUAUGAAUCCAGUGUUGUAAAAAACAAAUAUUUUCUCUACACUGUAAAAUCAGACAGAGUAAAAAUACCAAAGACAAUAAAAAAAUUGGUCUUGACAAAACCAAAGACAAUUAAUGCAAUUGUCUUUGGUAAAGCAAGAUUUUUAUAUUACGUAGAUAAUUACGUAAAAGUAGCAAUGAAUAUAAGACAAUUGUUUCAAGUAUAUAAGUUGUCACCACAUCCAUGAAAACUAGUAGAAAACUCUAUUUGAUAUUUUUCGGAUAUAAAUUUAAUUUAUAUUUAACAAAUUUGUUAUGUUUCUUUUAUAUUUUAUAACUGCUCAUUAAAUUUAUUUAAUAUAAUUAGUUUUAUAUAAUUGUAUUGUUCUUGCCAAUACAUCACAAUUAGAUUACAAAAAAAAUGACUAUGAUAAUUUGGAGUUGCCGAAAUUACAUGCUAUUGGACGACAAAUAUUUUCGUCAAAUUACAUUGUAAAAACGUGAAAUUGUAUAGUAAUAACAUGUAAUUCUGUAAUUACUUAAAUGAAGAUAUCUUUAUAAAAAGGUAUAGUUAAGAGCUACAAUAAUUAAUACAAAAUAACAGUGUCAUUUAUUGCAUCACAAUUAUAACUUUUUAUAUUGUAUACAUUUUUAAUAAAGUUAACAUUUUGUUAAAAAUAGUGCUAGACUAGGCUAUAAUUAAUUUAAAUAAAACAUACAGAAAUUAACUCUGUUAAUUUAUAAUUGUUGUAGGCAAUAAAAAAUAUAUCUUAGCGACAUCUUUCGCAUGGUGAUGAUACUUCUACAAUCUGUAACUUUUACUAUUUAAGCGUGGUAUAUUGCUGGCACCGCAAACUUACCUAGAAAUUUCAUAGAUGACUUGUUUUCAUGUGAUUGUCAUAUUAAUUAUAGAAAAUUGAAAAUAUACGGCUGUUUGAUAUACAUCACAAUAUUGUGUAAAUAUUAAUAUAGUACAAUAGUGUAAUCACACAAUACAACGAUCAAAAUGCAAUUUAAUGUUCAUGACAUCGUUUCCUUAUAUCCAUAAUUUUAAAAGUGUAUAAUUUUAAUCAUAUGGCUUUAUAAAUUUUAUUCAGUAUUUAGUAAUGAUAAGGAAAGAGCAAACUUCCAUUUGUACGCUGCUAUUUAAAAAAAAUAAAAAGUUGUUUUUGCUUGAGAUGACGUAGUUCUUGCAUUUGGAAGUAAAGACACAGACUUGUUAAGAUUAACCUCUUUAUUUAUAAAAAACCAAAUCAGUCUGAGAAGUUUUAUAACUUACCUAUGCGUCUUCCUCUGUCAAACUGUGUUCACGCUAUGAUGAAAAGAGAGAUAAUGAAUAAAACGUUGUAAUUUGAUUUCUUUUUUAUAAGAAAAGGGAUAGUUACAAAAAUAAUAAUCUAGGUUAAGGUGAAGCCUAGACAUCAAAUAGCUUUAACGAGUGCAACUCUUUCGAUGCUGUUCUCAAUUAAAUAUAAUAAUUAAUUGAUUCUUUUAAUUCUAAGGAACAGAGAUGAAUUGAUAAAAAAUAUUUUUACAAUCCAUAUGGCUUGCCUUUAUUGAUUUGUGUGUCUUUGUUACUUUAUUUAUUGUCCUAAAACAUUGUACAUGAUAGUUAAAAAAAUAUAUAAAGAAAUACAGAAAAAAUAAAUCUAUAUGCACAACAAUUAACAAGUAAUGCAUAUUAAUAACUUUUUAGUCAGGUGCAGGCAUAUACUUAUAGUACGUAGUUAAUACGAGGUAGGUAAACAAUGAAGAUAGAUAUAAAUAUGUAUGCAUAUUUAGGUGCAUUUUUUAAUUUUGACUUUUAAACACAGGAAUUCCAUUGUACUUAACACGACGGGCUAAUAUGGCUCUGAUGUAAUAGAAAUAAAACAUAACUAAA